UUGCUGUGCCAGAGAGAAGCGGUCUUCUGCUGUACAACUUGUCUUUGCACGGAUUCGGGCUUGGCCAGCAGUGCCUGGCUAGGCGAUUGCAUCUGGGAAAGCAAAAAGGGCAUCCCCCUACCCCCCUCACCAAAGCAAAUUCAGAGCAAAACAUUGACUGGUUUGGAAGAACUGCAGUGGGCUGGGAAAACAAUGAUCCGACUAGAGAGUAAGAGGAAAUCCCGAGCAGAAGCCUGCAAACUGACAGAUGCCGGUACCCUCCCUGGUGCUGGCAAGAUUUCCAGGCGGAAGAGUCGACGGCGGAUGACCUGCCCUAACCCUCGGGAAAUCAACCAGGCCUUGGCCUCCAUCUCACUGGGAGACCUGAACCGAUCCUGCACCCUGGAUGAGUUGAUCGAGAAAUGCCUUCGCACCUUUGAUCUGGAUGGGAACCUGUGUAUCAGCAACUUCAUGGUAAACAUGACAUUGACAGCGCACAGUUGGGUGGUACCGUCUGCAGAGCUGGCUCGUCAUCUCCUGACUUUAUACCAAGAAGCAUCCAAGAAGAAUCAGCAGGAGCGCCAGCGGAGGAUUUGCCACUUUAUCCGGUACUGGCUCACCAACUAUCCAGAGGCCUUCCACCUGGACCCACACCUGGAGGAGGCGAUGGCUGAGAUCUUGGAGGUGGUGAGGAAAGAGGGUCAGGAAGAACACUGCCACCUGCUUAACACCUCUGGCACGAUGACCCGUACGUGGACCCGGUCCCUCAGCUGCCAAAGCAGCCCCGGCUGUGGCAAGAAGCGGAAAGUCUCGCUGCUUUUCGAUCACCUUGACGCAGGCGAGUUGGCCAACCACCUGAGUUACCUGGAGUUCAAGGCGUUCUGCUGCCUCUCGUACUUGGACUUCCAGAAUUAUGUGCUACGUGGGUCAGUGCGUGGCAGUCCUGCACUGGAGCGUGCAAUCGCCCUCUGCAAUAGCAUCUCCCAGUGGGUGCAGGUCAUGAUCCUCAACCGGCCCACACCCCAGCAGCGGGCUGAAGUCUUCACCAAAUUCAUCCAUGUUACUCAGAAGCUGAGACAAUUGCAGAACUUCAGUACGCUCAUGGCAAUUGUGGGGGGGCUAUGCCACAGCGCCAUUGCCCGCCUCAAGGAUACACAUGCUCUCCUGCCUUCUGAGAUUACUAAGAUACUGUCUGAGAUGACAGAAUUGCUCUCAUCAUGUGGCAACUACAGGACAUACCGGCAGGUGUAUGCAGAUUGCAAUGGCUUCAAGAUCCCCAUUGUGGGCAUCCACCUCAAGGACUUGGUGACGCUUCACGAGGCCCUGCCCGACCACGUGGAUGGCGGGCGACUCAACCUGAGCAAGCUGCAGAGUUUGUAUGAACCGGCGAGGGAGUUCAGGGUUCUACAGCAAGCAAGCCCCCCAUUCCAAGCCAACAAGGACCUGGUCCACCUGCUCACUCUCUCUCUUGACCUCUUCUACACGGAUGAGGAGAUCUAUACGCUCUCGUACGCCCGCGAGCCUCGUGGCCCCAAGUCACUGCCACCAACGCAGUUCAAACCGCCUGUGGUAGUGGAGUGGGUGCCUGGGGUGACUCCCAAGCCUGACCGGAGAACUGUGAAGAGACACGUCCUGCAGAUGAUCGAGACGGUGUUCAAGAAUUACGAUCCUGACCAAAAGGGUUACAUCUCCCAGGAGGAUUUUGAGAUCAUCUCCACCAGUUUCCCCUUCUCCUUCUACGGGCUGGAAAGAGAGUGUGAAGGAGCCUGGAGUCGGGAAGACCUGUCCAAGUAUUUCAUGCGGGCCUGUGCCAUCUUCUCCAAACUGGGCCUUGGUUUCCUGCACAACUUCCAUGAGGCCACCUUCAAAAAGCCCACCUUCUGCGACAGUUGCAAUGGCUUUCUCUGGGGAGUCUCCAAGCAGGGAUACAGAUGUCGAGACUGCGGCAUGAUCUGUCACAAGCAAUGCAAGGACCAGGUGGAGGUGGAGUGCCAACGGCGCUUCCGUUCUUGCACCUCUGAGAGCACCCUGCCUCAGACUGCCACGCUGGUUGCCACCCAUCACACUAGUUCUGGCUCAGAAGAAGAAGCUUUUCUCUCCCCCCUUGGAUGGGAACAGAGCAAGAGGCCCAACGUCAUGUGGUUGAGCACAACGGGCAGCCGGCGGGUGAAAAAUGCCAGCACACAAACAGAGGCUGACAGUCCGCAGGAGCCACAAGGCCACAGCAAGAGUCUAAAGCAGCUACUGGAAGAGCUGAAGGAGGUGGAAAAGGAGCGGGACAGGUUGCUGCUGGCCAAUCGGAGACUCCAGAGACGCAACUCCCAGCUGGAGGCCGAGAACAGCUGCUUGCUGAAAGCAGAUCCAUCGACCCUCUCUCCCUUCUCCUGCUGGGAGGCCUGGGCUACCUGCGGCUCCCACCUACCUCCAAAGCCUAACUGAGCACCGGGGCCAGGAGCUGCAGGGAAGAAGGAUCACUCUCUGGCCAGUGUGGAAGGAAAUGGAGAGGGGAGAAGGUCCAUGGAGCUCAGUGGCAGAGAACACGGAUGCUUUGCACGCAGAAGGCCACAGGCUCAAUCCCUGGCCUCUGCAGGUAGAGCAGGGAUACACUCCUCCCGGCUGAAAGCUGCUGCCAGUCGGGGUCAACAAUACUAAGCUAGAUGGACCAACAGUCUGACUCUGUAUAAAAGUAGCUUCCUCUGUUCCACAUAAAAGGACUAUUUAUUGAGUGGCGAGUCCUACAAGCUUGUUUCCCCUGCUGCUGUAGAUACAGUUUAGUUCUCCUGCUCAAGCCAUCUGGAUUGCUUAACCAAGUUGCCUGCUGGCUUUGUAUAAUAAGGUGACUUGUCAAGGAGUGUUCUCUGCAGCACACGGCAACCAAAGUGUGAGUGUGGAAAGAGACCCUGCCUUGAUUGCGGGGCCAGAGUGGGUGACCUCCUGGUGAACCACCACUGCUAAGCCUAGAGGCUGGGGUGGUGAAGGAGGGAAAGGCAGUCUCCAAAGGGGGAAGAUGGAGAGGCGAUACAGAAGCACUAAGUGAAACACUUUCCCCUGCCUGCCUCAUUUUAACAAAUCCUCUUUUCAUUGGGGGGGGGGGGGAGGGGAAGAGAUGCAUUAUUUGCUGGAAAUAGUUGCAAUAUAUUGUAGCAAAUACAGAAAUUAUGUAUUUUGAACCAAACUCUCUCCCACUAAGAUCCCAUUCAUAUUUGCCUGCACAGUCCAUUCCAGCUUUCAGUAACCUCCCGCUUUUUUGGGGGGGGGGGAGGAAACUUAUUCCCCCCUUUUUUGGAAAAUCUUCAAAAAGCAAACAGUUCCUCACUUUCAAAGUAUUCUGCUCUUGCAAACCUUGCCAGCACAAUAAGAGACAGGUGAUGGUGGUGAACAGAGGGCAAAAAAUGAAGUUUUCAAAAUGAAAUAUACCUUCACACAAGGAGUUUGAAUUACAAGGGGAAAAAAUUUAAUCUCAGGGUUACACUGAACCCAGCCGUGCAAUUUCAGUCCUACCCCUUCAAAACAGGGCUUGUGGGGCAAAUAUUACUUGAUUUAAACCAAAACUCCAUAUAAUCUCUUCGGCUGUUACAAUGUGCCCCCAUGUAGAUAAUUCAGAGGAUAAGCUACAGAGGAGUUUGUGUGGCUUUAAAAAGUCCAAAGGAAUUGUUUUCCUGUGUUGUCUGGUUACAUACUGUUCCACUAGACUUAAAGAUGGUAUGGAUGGAUUCUUCAUAAAUAUUGCCCCCUAUGCCCCAGAAAGGACAGCUGCCUGACCCCCAAAUUCACUAGCUAAAGCCCCAAAACAAAUCUUGAGAAAUCCAGACUGUCGCCAACUUCUGUUCUGUAGGUUUUGUGUUAUCUACAACAGGGAUGGGAACCUGGUGGCCCUUCAGAUGCUGCUGGACUGCAACUCCCAUCAUGCCUGCACAUGGCCCUGCUGGCUGGGGUGGAUGGGAAGUGGGAGUCCAACACCAUCUGGAGGGCCACAGAUCUUCUCCACCACUGCUCCAAAAGAGCAGUUCACCUGGCACCAAGCUGUAAUGCCGACAAUGCAAGCAUCGGUCUGACAGCUCUAAAGCAAUUAGAAAAAGGAAGCAGGAGACUUCUCCACAGGUGCACACCCCUCCGCUCUCUUAUAUCGAACUCAACACACUUAUUUUAAAGCUGCAUUUUCCCCAGUCCUGGGGAAAGGCAACACUGAAACCAUCUUUGACAGGGUCAGCCACAGCCUCUAGUCAACGGCUCAGCCAAUCAAAAUUGAGAAGAAAAGAAAAACCUGCUCCUUCCCCUCUCUGCAGUUUACUUCCUAAACCCUGUUCCCUGCAUUAAGCUAGAGGAGUUCUGACCACAUCCCACAGUGGAGGGGUCCAGAAUCCCCAUGCUAUUUCUUCUUCUUGCCCUGUUUGCCCCAUCGUUGGUGGCUGCCUCCUCCUCCUCCUCGCCUCUUCUCCCACAUGGGCAUAGGGGGCUCGAUCUCAUUUGGACGCCCACCCCGGUCUGGGACGCUACCGGUCAUCAGCACCUGUGAAGGAGGAAGGGAGGAGUUACUCCAGGAGGUAGCCACUGUGGGCGCAGGGAGAUAAAGAUGUGGGAGCAAACAGGAAGUGCUACAUUACUUCCUGUCUCCCUCUCCCACCAUCAAUGAUUAACACUCAAACAUUUCCUCUCAGGGAAGGGGGGGGUGGAGGAGUCAGCAAUCAGCACCCUUAGGAGAUAGAAGAAUGCUGGGAAAAAGCAUGGACUUACCUUACGUCCCAUUUGGGGUUGCCAGGUUCAAUCCCUGAGACUGAUCCUGUAUCUUU